UAAGUGUAAGUGCAGUGACGAGUGGUGUAUUGAGAGUAUUGACGUCGCCACCGCCACGACGGAUAAGUGCAUUGUGCGUGACACCAUAGAAUAUAGAUUAAAUAUACUAUAGUAUAUUUAAUCUAUGGUGACACAUACUCGCGCCGACCUUGCGUAACAGUAAUUCGAAAUAAAACACGAGUCAGUGUGUCACCGCAGAAAAUAUAUAAUUAUCUAUAAAAAAAAAAAAAAAAAUAUACUAUGAGUAACAAAAUAAUGUCACAAGACUCACGACCAGCGUUCACCUCACCAUAGUAUCAACUAACUGAACUAACAAACGUACAGACGUGUACCUAGUACUGUUCUGUGGUAGUAUUGUAUAGUCGAGUACAGUCUAGACGACAAGGGUGUACGACGUGUUCUGGUUCACCAUAAUAUACGACUUGGACGCGAAGCAGAAAUCAGGCGAUAUACUGAUAUUCGUCAAUCAAUCCCGGGUUUGCCCCAAAGCUGUUAUUUUUUUGGAGUAGUUUUAAUUAUUUUUGUUCGUGAUGUAUCCGCAAAUGAACAAAGAAAAUUUGCCAUCAGCUCCACCAUCCUACGUGGAUUCGAUGAAUGCUCCAAAGUAUGAGAUCAAUAAUCCGAACUAUAUUCCGACUAACCAAUCAUACAAUGCAUCCACAAUGGGGCCUCCUCGGGCCACUCAAGUGGUUGUUGUUCAAGCGAAUUUACCACCACUUGGUCCAAGAUCAGUGCAGUUGACAUGUCCUACAUGUAGAGCAUUGGUGAUGACAAGAAUUGAUGAAGAGCCAUCUUCUAGUGCUUAUUUCUGCUGCAUGUUGAUGUUUAUUGUCGGGUGUUUUGUUUGUUCAUGUCUACCAUUUUGCAUGGACAACUUUAAGAAUUGUAAGCAUUCAUGUCCAAAUUGCAAUUCUUUCAUAGGAGUUUAUAAAUCAUCAUAAGCCAAUAAUGUUAUAUUAACUGUAAAUUUCAUUAAGUGUACCAACUGCAUACAGAUACAAUAUUUUAUUCCUUAUUAUAUUAUUAUUUCCAACUUAAAUGUAUUUUUAUAUUUCUUGUUUGGUAAACUAUUCAAUUUUCAAAUAAUAAUACAUAAAACUCUGAUUGAGUUUUUGGUGAAUACAAUUAUCUUUUAAUCUAUUGGGAUAUUUUUGAUUAAAUUUUAUCUUAUGCUGUUAAUACAAUUAAUAUAUUUGUGUUAUACAAAAUAAAUAAGACAUAAGGAAUAACUGUUUAUAUAACUAGCUUUACACAUUGAAGUUUAUUUUAUUAUAUUUACCUUUAAUCAAAUUAUAUUAUAAGUCUAAUUGUUGAGUUACAAGUUGUGUUUAAUAAAAAGCUCAUUGAUAAAAAAA